ACUCCGGCUCCCGGGCGGUAGUGCACGAAGAGCUGAUUUGCAACCCGCCGAAGCAACAGCCGAGAAGGAGGAAAAAUGUCGCUGGCUUCGACACGGACCGUUCUAGGAUCAGUGUCCUUAUAAGACGAUUCGGAUUGAAACUUGCUACUCCUCCACAACAAGUUGAGCGUGAGAGUCAGUUUACUCAUUUGACCGUAACACUACAUUGGGCCUCAUUACAUCCAGCAGCCUCCAUGGACAUGGACCCACCAGGGUCCACCAGGGUGGUGGGUCUGGAUGCCCAGGGCAACAUGGUCUUCACUGUGGUGAAACCAGUGAUGGGCAUCUACCAGGUGUCUUCGGAGCAAACGGGCAGCGUCGCACACGGGGGUAUGGGGCUCCAGGGUUUGUCCGAAAACACGUUGAUCCUCCCUGAAGUGCAAGGCCAGGCGCCGCUGGACCAGAACCAGACGGAAAUGCACGGCCUCCAGCCUAAUAUUCAGAUGCCCCACAUGCAGAUUCCUGUCCCAGUGCAGACCGAGCUCGUGUCCCAGAUUCUGGACCCGCAGCCCGACGCCGGCACAAACCCCGAGUCGGCCUCCCAUAUGCCUUUUGCAGAGGUGUCGUCACUCCUGGACCCCAACAUGAAAGGAUCCAAGGCGCGGAAAUACCUCAUCUCGUACGAGGAGAUCAAGCGGCGCCUGCAGGCCCCGGAGAAGAUGUCCCUGCGCUCCCUGGCAGCCUACACUCGGGUCAGCCGAGGUCCGGCCAGCAAAAAGACGCUGCUGGAGUCGCUCAACGUCCUCGGCCUCACGCCGAGCACAACUACCUCCGUGUCCUCCUCGUUCUCCAAACUCACCGAAGGCGACACCGGGGCUUUGUGUGACGACAUGAAGGACUUCGCCCACGACUACAUCGACUGCAGCCACAUGGCUAAGCAGCUCAUCCCCGAGACCAACACGGUUCAACACUGGUCCAAAAUCAUUGAAACCAAGAACCACCUGGAGGAUAUGAGGAGAUGCUUCAAGGACCCGGUGAACAGCGGCGCGUUUGACAACGUCACUCACGGCCUGGGUCUGGGAGCGCUGGACGUCGCGCUGGACGUGAUCGUGAUGGUCAUCGAGCAGCAGAUUCGGAUCCUCUCCGGGGCGGCGGCGUCGGACCCGGCCGACUCCGGUCCGCCGAUGCGCCGCGUCCGCCGGCGGCACCGCAAAGCCCGCUCGACCGACAACGAGAGCCCCCGCAAGGUGUCUGCGGGGGUCAAAGAGCCGGGGAGGGCCAUUUCCAAAGGCAAAGGGCGAGGCCGGUCCAGGAAUAAGAUAAGACAGGAAACCGGCGCAGCGGUUCCCAUGGAAACCCAAGCAGAACAAUGCAAGCCCGAUGAGGUGGAGAAUAACGUCCUAACCCUGGUGUCUGUCGGAUAUGAGACCGUUUCUUGUGAACUGAAUGCAGCCGGAACAGUUUGACACCUGGUCACGUGACCGGCCCCAAAACAAACGAACAAACAAACAAUCGUCCUCCGGUUCAAAGGGAUGGGAAACGGACCGCACAAGUUGAGCUGCUGCGAGGGACGUCUCAGCACCAACGUGUAAUCCCAAAGUACUUGAAGUCCAACUGAAAAUAGUUUGACAUUUUAGGUAGCACAAUUUCUCAAGUAAAUAGGUAGGGUAAAUAUGUAGCUGGAGCCAGCACACUAUUAGCUUAGCAUAAAGACUGGCGCCUGGGGAACAGGGGAAGGGUCAACAGCUAGCCUAGCUCCGUCCAAUGGUAACAAGAACAACUCUAAAGCUUCCAAAUGAACACCUUUAGUCUCAUUUGUUUAAUCUGCACAGAAAAAAGUCACAGUAGAGGCUUUGUGUUAAACAAUGAACUCUUGUGUUUUACACCAUUACGAUUAAGGAGAUCUUUCCCUGCUCGUAACUCUACUAUUCCACAGCUGAACUCCAGCCAAAGAUUGUUGUGACAGAGCAGCUAAUAUCGUCGGCGAGAACAUGAAGUGUUUGAAUGCUUCACACCUCGUGUUUGAAGGCGAGGAGAGAGAGAGGGGAAGCUAAUAAGCACCCCCCCCCAUGCCGAACUACUCCUUUAAAGGGAAUCCUCUCUUUGUUCUGUAGCAUCGUAUGUGUGUUCGUGUAGUGUAACUGGAUCCAGUUGUAACUGUUUUCUCAUGCCAUGUUUUUGAUGAAAAAACUGAAAUCACCACCUGAAAUAUGUUGUAAACAUGUUGUUCAUGCACAAGGUAGAACCGAUGACAUCAGAGGUCUUGGAUCACACGUCUUACCGUUUGGUAACAAUGUCCUUUAUUUCCCAGUUGUAUUUAUUCAUUAGAGAUGCAAUUAAACAUCUGUUGGUCUGAACUGAAGCAUAAAGAUUUCAUUUUGAAUAACUA